AUGCCAUGUGUGUGUCUGCAGUGCGUUAGGGAGCUCGUCGACACACACCCACAUGGCCGUCGUGCAGCCAAGUGCCCCGAAUGCAGGUACACUCAGACACAUGGAGGCGACACAUAUGGGUGUGAAUAGCCUCUGCUUGCCCCUCCUUCGUGUGGGCAUCGGUCGAUCAGGGCGGAGACUGCGGAGGCGGACGUCCGCCCCAACUACGGUCUGAGACAGGCCAUGGCGUCGCUGCUGGCGAUUCACAUGCAGACGGUGCGAAGGCAGAGAGGGGCCCUCAUUCUUUGACGCUUUCCUUUCCUCAGGCACCGCUGCAGACCAGCCCGCACCCGGUACGCACCACAACAUCACGUUAGGACAGCAAGGCAGAGAGUGGCCCUCAUUAAUUACUUGACGCUUCGUCAGGCGCCGCUGCACUACAACCCCGCCGACUUCAGCACCAAGCGGUUCCUCUUCACCGCCGAGGAGUGGGAUGAGACACAGCGCAGCGUAAGCAGCCACCCACUGACCAAGCCACACGCGCCGUGCCAUGCAAGCUGCCCCCCUGUGUGUGCGUGUGUGUUGGAUACAUACGUGCAGCUCGCCGAGUGCCGGGAGACGUACCGCGUUGCAGCCGAGCACAACCGCCGCUGCGAGGAGGCCAUGAGGAGGGAAUGGGAGGAGAUGGAGAGGGCCGCGCAGCAGCAGCAGCAGCAGCAGCAGACCACGAGCCGCCUCACUGUUAGUGUCGUACUGCGCGGCUCCACUCGCCCCACCCUCCACCAGGUGCGAUCCAUACGCCACGACUGACGUUUGUUCGUCGGUCUCUAACGAUUACCUACUUGUGUGUGUGGUUGUGGUUGUGGCUUCUUUUGCUUUUGCAGGAGGUGCCUGAGAGUUUUGAUGACCUGCUGAGGAAGGUGUUGGAGAGGUUUGGGUUCGGUGAUCGGCCGGUCCGUGAGGCCCGGCUGUUUGCGGAAGGAGCUCUCGUUUCGGCCAACGAGCACCUCAGGGACGGUGACCACGUGGAGCUGGUCCUCGUCGCCCCACAGCCGUCCCCGCCUGCCCCACAGGACGUCCCCCUGCCGGCCUUCAUGGCGCCCUCACCGCCGCCACGCCACUCAGCCACAUCGACAGAGCACCAGGACACGUGACACUGACCGAGGAUAUCGGGGGUUCCGUAUAAGGGUGUGUAGGGCUGGCUGUUCGUGCUCUAGCGUCAUUCAUCCGGCCAGGGGAGAGGCGUGUGUAUACAGACAUCUGUAUGAAUGUGUGUGUAUGUCCACUUGACAGUGAUACGUGCGUGGAUGGACUGACGUGGCGUGCACGUUGCCUUGUGACGACUUUGUACGGCUAA